UGCACAGGCUCCCCGGAAGGGGGUGUGGACAGUGACCUGUGUUCGCACACAGGCCUCCUGGUGGCGGCAGCAGCGGCCCUAGCGUCUCAUGUCCGUCUCUGGGCUCCGCACUUUUAGCGGCGGCUCGCGCCCGUCCCUGGAGCUCUCCCAAGCAGCGUUCUUAAUCCCCUCUCCUCGCGCACCAGGAAACAAAGAGGGAAGAAAAAGUCUCUUGCCUAUUCGGCAGGUCCAGACCCCUCCUGGGACUCCCUCCCGGCUAGCCGCGGCGCACCAACGCCCUGCAGGCUGUGCUCACGCCGCCAACCCCAGUCCUCUCCCGGCGCUCCGACAGAAGCCGGAGCCUCAGCUCCCAGCCCCGCCCGCCCCGGCGGGUGAGCAGACAAUCCUCUCGGCUGUGUUUGGAAUGAACAGACCCAGGGACGCUCCUUGCUCCAGCCCCCGACCACCCUCCAACCUUUCUUCCUGUCGCAACCUUUGGAAUCAGCCACUCAGCUAUCCUCAGCCUCCAGGACAGGCCAACACCGUUUUUUGAGCUUAGCUCCUUAUCACUGAUCAACCACGAGUUCCCAGGUUCGUCAGAAUUAUUCCAUCGAGGUGGAGGCCGCCGUCCACCGCCUGUUCAACAUGCAUCUGGGGACACUUA